UGAACAUCGGCACGAACGUUCCGAACCUUGUGUGUCCGUUGUCUCGAUUGUGGUGCUCUCUGCGCUAUUACACAUCCAAAUGCUGGUCUUGUUCUUGGAUGAGCCCACUUGUACGACUGUACACAAAGCCUCUUUCUAGCUAGAUGUAACCUACGGCAACAAGUUGUUCCGUGUAUGCGCACAUGUUGUUCGAUACGCAACGACCAAUAAUAGCGUUCAUAAAACUCAUCUUCCUUGAAUAUCAAUACCAAUACCAAUACCACCAAUCGAUUAAACCAUGUGUGGCCUCACAGCAGCAGAACAAGAACACAUGGAGGAAUUUGAGGCGACACAAGCCGCUCAUUUCACCAAGAUGCAAUAUCGCGUUCGAAAGAAACCCAUUCUCGAGACACUGUCGCAUCCAUUCUCCCUCCUGAGAGCCGCCUUGAUUCUUCCCAUGCCAUGGGAAUCCCUCUACAUUGUCGUUCAGCUGUCUCGAUCGUCUUCUUCUCCGCCACAACCAAUGGGAUUUCUAGUAGCCUUUCUGGUGGGUUACUUUUUGGUGGACUUGGCGACGGGGCUGGUCCAUGUCUGGUUUGAUACCAUUCCAUUGAGCAUGAAUACACCCAACAAAAUGUCAGUUUUGGAACUCGCGGCGUGGGGAUUUCAGCGUCAUCAUGCCGUCCAACAGAAUUGGCAUUUCGAUGAUAUACUGGAAUCGGGUAUUUUAACGACUGGAGCAAUGGCAUUUCCCUUUUUCCUGGUCUAUGUGACACUUUAUGGCUGCGGGAUCAUCACUAGUCCCUACACCGCAUUUGCGUGGACCGUCUUUGUCACUUGUGGUAUGCACGUACAAGUCUUUCAUGCGGCAGCACAUAACAUUUGGAAAAAGCACCCGCAUGUCCAAGCCUGCCUCAAUCAACUCAUGGCCCUUGGGUUGAUUGUGGACGCCAAGGCCCAUCAUCUACACCAUACAAGAUUCGAUUGCAACUUUUCCAUGGUCAAUGGCUGGUCCAAUGACCUGGUGGUCAAUCCAUUAUACCAAUAUUUGGAAAAGAAUGGAUACAUUGAGCCGUCCAUGCACGGACACGUCCAGCGACAAGUGUACAUCCAGGAACGAGCCAAACUGAAGGAACCCUACUGUCGUAUGUUUCCCGAGUAUCGAACAUAUCAAGAGCGCAUCAUGACACAACAACAAUCUGAAAAGGAAGAGAGAAAGUAAACAGUCUGACAGAGAGCAUUUUUCAUCAAGUUCUGUUUGGUCCAGCCGUCCCAUUGUGGAAACCCUAGACACCAGAGAUACUACACCAAAAGAUCAAACGACAAAAGCAGUUUAUAGAUUGAGUGCAGAAUUUUGAUAAAGACUGGUGGCAGCCUGGAGAAGGUGGAGCUUGAAAGACUGCUACAAGUUAUACCAGGAUGUCCCACAGGGGAUACUACCAAACCUUGUCUUUAAGAAGCAAGAAAAAAAAAGCAAGACAACAAAUCCUACUGUGUGCAGCUUGCAUGGCCAAAAAGACAUACCGCACCGUACAAUAACUGUUUUUUUAAAUUAAUACAUUACUCUGAGUAUGUCU